GAGUUUCCACAGAGCUGUUUCCGAGCACAGGGAGGAAAAAGACAGAAUUAUGUAAGAGCUUGUGAUCAACGUGAGCCUCCUGAGAUGGAAACUCCAUAUAUGGUCUGACAGGUGGGUGGAGGCGUGGCUACAACUCUACAGCUGUGAGGGAGAGGUUUAAGUGGACUGAGGAGCAGAAACAGAGUCUAACAGACAUACGGACACAGACACAGAGACUUCAUCUCCCACAGAGCAGACAGCAGAGUCAGACACCAUGCUGCAGUGGAGAGGACUGAAGGAGCACAGAGGGGAGGGGAACAGAGCCGUGGUGGUGUCGGUGGCCAACUAUGACCCCGGGGUGGAGCUGGGGAGGAGGCCUGGAGCCGCGAGGGACGCCAAGAGACUCCACCGCACCCUCAGCAAACUGGGCUUCAAGGUGGACAUCCACAGUGACCUGAGCAGUGACGAGAUCCAUCAGCUGUUUCUGAAAGAGAGCAGGCGGCCUGUGAAGGACUGUUUUCUGGCCGUCCUGUCGUCUCACGGGGAGGAGGGCUGCGUGUUCGGAGCUGACGGGAAACCGGUCCAACUGUCUCGCAUCUUCACUUAUUUCGACAACCAAUGUAUGGAGAACAAGGCCAAACUGUUCCUCAUACAGGCCUGUCGGGGACAUGCUCUGGAUGAUGGAGUGGAGGUGGAUUCAGCAGCUGAUUCCACAGAGUUCAGCUUCUCACAGUAUCUGUCAGUUCCUGUAGAUACAGCUGUGAUGUUCGCCACAGCACCAGGUUACGUAGCUUUCAAUCACCUGUCAGGAUCAGUCUUCCUCCAGACUUUCUGCUCUUUAUUGGAUGAGGGGGGAAACCGUAACCUGGAGCUGACUCGUCUGAUGACCCGCCUGUCCCGCAGCGUGGCCUACAACUUCCAGGCCAAAGGUCGUGAUGUGGGGGGGAAGAAGGAGAUGCCGUGCUUCCUGACGCGACUGACCAGGGAAGUGUUCCCGUUCGCUGAGCCGGGGAAAGACGGCGGGGCCGCGGAGCUCUCAGCCACGUCACUGCUCCACUCUGAAAACGCCAGGACACGGACUCCUUCAAUCAGUUAGACUGCAGCAGCAGAGUUUACGUGACUGCACCUGAAUGAAUGAAGGCAGCAAUUCUCAGCAGGAAUGUAGAGAGGGAGAGGAGAUAAGCUGACCGACACUGACAGCAGCUGAUGUCUGUGUUUUCCUCACACUGACUGACUGCAGGAAAUCCACAGGCGUCAUCAAGGAAACAGCAGCUGAAAUAUCUGCACAUACUGUACAUACCUCAGAGACACACUGUAUUUAAAUAGACUUACUUUGAUUGAACUGAUUUGUACCUUGAUAAACCAAAUGUUAAUUCACUGAGUGAUGCUCUAACUUAUUGGAGUGACGCAACAGACUUCAGUCUAUAGGGCAGUGUUACUCAGUGUACGUUUGUUUGCUCCACAUGAUGGAAAUAUACCAGCAGCAGAACGAGUAUUUAACCUGAAGAACCUGAAGGGUUUGCUGCAAAUUAAAUCCAUUUGUGUUCUGGACUGACUGAAUCACACUGGAAAUACCACAGUGAAAAAAUGACUAAAAGUAUGUCAGUAUUAUCAGAAAAAUGUACUUGAAGUUUCAAAGUAAAAGUAUUUGAUAUACAGAA